CUUGUUUUUCUUACUUGCUCUGCCAUUUUCAGCUCUGUUGUUUUACCCUCAAGAGAAUAAAGACCCUUUGUUUUUUUUGGUUUUUAUCUCUGUAUUUAUUAGAUUAUGAUGAUCACAGAUUUCAGACUGAAUCUGUUCAGCAGUUAGGAAACAGAAACAUCAUGAAGAAUGCUGAAGACGACACUGAUUAUCCUGACACUUCUCAUGGCGAGAGAAGAGUUCAGCAGAAGAGAUCAGAUUCUCCUGUGCACAGUGUUUUACCCAUGAAGAGGCACAAGUCAAUGAAAACACCAGAUCAGUUACAAAAUGAAGAUCCUCUGUUAAACCAAAGUUCAGAGGAGAGAUCACAAUCACCAGAACCCAGUGUUUUGUCUAUGAAAAGUGACAAAUCAAUGAAGAUACCAAUCCAGUUAAAAGAUUUAGAUUCUCCAGUGGAUCAAAGUUUGAUGCAGAAAUCACAUUCACUGGAUCCCAGUGUUUUGUCCUUGAAAAGUGACAAAUCAAUGAAGAUACCUAUUCAGUUAAAAGAUGGACAUUCUGCAGUGGACCAAAGUUUAUCGCAGAGAUCACAUUUAGUUGAUCCCAGUGUUUUGUCCUUGAAAAGUGAUAAAUCAAUGAAGAUACCAAUUCAGUUAAAAGAUGGACAUUCUCCAUCGGAUCAAAGUACCUUACAGGAAUCAUAUUCAUCUGAUCCCAGUACAGUUCAAUUUCCAGUUGAACAGAGACAUGGGCAGCAAACAAAAGUUUCAGAGAUUCAACAAGCUCUAAAAUCUUACAUGAAAACUAAGCAUCAGUAUGUUUUAGAAGGACUGGAAAUACAAGGAAACCGAAAGCAUCUAAAUGAGAUCUACACCGAGCUCUACAUCAUAGAAGGAGAAACUGAAGCAAUCAUAAAUAAACAUGAGUUCACUAUGAUGGAAAGAGCAGUGAAGAGUGCUGCAGUGGUAGCAAAACCAAUCAAUUGCCGAGACAUCUUUAGACCUUUACCUGGACGAGACAAAGCCAUCAGAACUGUGCUGACGAAGGGAGUCGCUGGCAUUGGAAAAACAGUCUCUGUGCAGAAGUUCAUCCUGGACUGGGCUGAAGAGAAGCAGAAUCAGGACAUCCAGCUCAUAUUUCCACUUCCUUUCAGAGAGAUUAAUCUGAUGAAGGACAAAAAGUUCAGUUUAGUUAGUCUUCUUCAGACCUUCUUUAUGAAAGAAAUAAGUUUACAUCUGAUUCAAAACUCUUCUAUCAUCUUCAUCUUUGAUGGUCUGGACGAGUGUCGUCUUCCUUUAUACUUUAGCAGCAAUGAUAUCUUGAGGGAUGUGACCAAAGAAACAUCAGUGGAUGUGCUGCUGACGAACCUGAUUGUGGGGAAUCUGCUUCCCUCUGCUCUCAUCUGGAUCACCUCCAGACCCGCAGCAGCACAUCUCGUCCCCUCUGAGUGUGUCCAUCGAGUGACAGAGGUACGAGGCUUCAAUGACCCUCAGAAGGAGGAAUACUUCAGCAAGAGAAUCAGUGAUCAGAGUCUGGCCAAUACAAUCAUCUCACACCUGAAGUCCUCCAGGAGCCUCUACAUCAUGUGCCACAUCCCAGUGUUCUGCUGGAUCUCAGCCACUGUUCUGGAGAAGAUGUUGAGUGAAGCAGAGACUGCAGAGAUCCCCAAGACUCUCACUCAGAUGUACACACACUUCCUGAUGGCACAGAUCAACAUUAAAGACAGAAAGUAUCAUGAAAUUAACAAAGAUAAAGAGAUUAUCCUCAAACUGGGGAAACUGGCGUAUGAGCAGCUGGAAAAAGGCAAUAUAAUCUUCUAUGAGGAAGACCUGAGAGAGUGUGGCAUUGAUGUGGCAGAAGCUUCAGUUUACUCAGGAUUGUGCACUCAGAUCUUCAGAGAGGAGUUUGGCUUGUAUCUGGGGAAAGUCUUCAGCUUUGUUCAUCUGAGCAUUCAGGAACAUCUAGCAGCUCUAUAUGUGCACCUCUCCUUCCACAACAGUGGUGAAAAUGUGCUUGAAGCACAUGAACACAGGGAGACAAUGUUGAGCAUACACAAAUAUGCUUUUAAAAAAGCUAUACAGAGUAGGAAUGGACAUCUCGAUCUUUUCUUUCGCUUCCUUAUAGGACUUUCACUGGAGACAAAUCACAGACUUCUAGAAGGUCUUUUGGUGAAAAAGACAGAGAGCAUCUUGGAAAUAAACAAAACUGUUGAGUAUCUCAGGGAUGAAUUCAAAAAGCAGUUUUGUCCAAAUGAUUGUCUCCUUCUGCUUCACUGUUUACAUGAACUCAAUGAUCAUUCAAUGAAUGAUGACAUUAAGGCCUGUGAAAAAGAAAACAUGUCGCCAGAUUACUGGCGGGCUUUGUUCUGUAUUUUAAUGACAUCCAAUGAGCGGUCAGAGGAGUUUAGACUUCAAGAAUAUGGCAGAUCAGAUGAGAGCUUACAAUGGCUGCAUCCUGUGAUCAAGUUACACACAAAGGCUCGGUUGAAUGACUGUAACAUCACAGAUGUAGGCUGUACAUUUCUGACUACACUUCUCACAUCACUAUCCAUUGUGAGAGAGCUGGACCUAAGCCACAACAACCUGCAGGACUCAGGAGUAGAAAUACUCUGUGUCGGAGUUAAUAGAUCAGCUCAUGGAACAGCACUACUGAAAGAAAUAGAAAAAACAAGGCUCAACAAAGUUCCAGCACCAUCAUGUGGUACACACAGCCUGCAUAAACAUGAGAAUAAGGAAACAUUUCAUUUGCAUCACAAAACUGAUGGACUGGAACCUCUGAAAAUAAAGCAAACUGAAAGAAAGAUGCACUGCAAAGUUUCAGCACCAACAUGUGGCUCACACAGCCCACAUCUCUUACAUCUGCAUCAUAGAACUGCUGGACUACAGGAUGGGGAGUGCAGCCUAAAAUCUCUAAAUCUGAGGGUUUGUGGAAUAACAGAAGCAGGUAGUGACCACCUGGGCAAAGUUCUGAGUUUAAACCCUUCCCAUCUGAAAGUGCUGGACCUGAGCUGGAACACCAUUGGAGACCCAGGAGUGAAACACCUUUGUGCUGCUUUGGAGAAAGUUGAUUGUGCACUAGAAACACUGGCAUUGGCCAAAUGUGGAUUGACAGAGGAAAGUUGUGCUGCUCUGGCUUCAGCGCUCAGCUCAAAGUCCUCCAGUCUGACAGAUCUGGAUAUGAGUGUUAAUGAUCUACAAGACUCAGGAGUGAAGAAGCUGUGUGUGGGACUGCAGAAUCCUCACUGUAAACUACAGAAGCUGAGGUUGGCCAACUGUAAAGUAACUCAUGAAGGAGUGACAGCCUUGACUGAAGCUCUGAAAUCAAGUCUAUCACAACUGAAAGAGCUCAAUCUUCCUGAGAACAAUCUGGAAGAGUCAGACUUGAACAUGAUUUCCAUGAUAAUAGACAAAUAAUCAGAGAAUGAAAAGAAAAAUUGACACUUUAUGUGUGUAUAAAGACACACAGUAACACCGUUUAAUGAAAUACAUUUAAAGAACUUCACAAAAAAUAUAAACAUAAGCUGCACAAUCAGUGUGAAAAAUGAAAGUAUCAUACAAGGUACGGCCUCUCUUCAAUGGGGGGGCAGAUCAUUUACUGUUAUUGCACCCAAACUCUGAAAAUUCUCUACCAUGUUCACUCCGUUCUGCUAAUAAUAUCUCAGAUUUUAAAUUUUUACUUAAAACUCAUUUAUUUUCUGAACGCUUCAGUUUUGACCUGACAAACUGACUACUUUAUCUGAUCCACCUGCACUGCUCAUUUGUCCCUUAGGUCUUGUUUUUGUAUUUCCUGUUUGUUAUAUUUGACUUCUUGUAUGUUUGUGUAUCUAAUGCGGUCUCUACAUUUAUCUGCUUGUACUAUCUCCUUUUGUCGCAUUCUUUGUAAAGUGUCCUUGAGGUCUGGAAAGGCGCUAUAUAAACAAAAUGUAUUAUUAUUAUUACACCAUGACUGUAAUGCCAAACUGAAAAUCCAAAAAGCAAGAGAAGUCAAAGCUGGCAAUGAGGCUUAUCAGGAAAAUAAUUCCAGAAAGUUUAAGCAAAUAAAUACUAUUUAUUCAAAACUAGACUGUACUAUAUGGUAAAGAACAAAGCCAGAUCCCUCAUCUGUGUUUGCUCCUGUUGUUGUCCUGAGUUUCUCCAUUUGUUUAUAUGCUAGUAUGGCACAUUACUUACAUAGGACAAUAGGAGACAUCAAUCUGUCGUUUUCUUACCUGCUGUGAAAACAAUAAUGAAAAAAAUCUGUAUUAUCAGCCUUUUCUGAAUAAUAAGAAUGUUUUAGUACAUGCUAUUUUACUUUUCAUAUUUAAAUAAAACUGUGGUGUAAGUCCAA